CGGGCGGGCUGCGGCUGAGCCCGGGCGGACUGUAGCGAAGGCGCCGAGCGAUUAGCCUCUAUUCCUGGAAAGCAGCAGGUGCCCCUGUGAUUAAUUCUCAAUGCGGUUUUGAUUCGGAUUUAUGAGUUGAAUUGCUGAAGAUGUCUUCAGGCCUUACAGAGGAACAAAAGAAAAGAAUCGAGGAGAACCGACAGAAGGCUUUGGCUAGGAGAGCAGAAAGGGUAGCAGCUCAGAGAGGUGGGCAGGCGGGGAUUGGUGGACUUCAGGUGAAGGAAGAGAGUUCAGGCAGGCGGGGAAACUUGAAGGAAGAAAACGAUCAUGUCCAGUUCAUUAGACAGCAUCAACAGAAUCCAAACAGUCUGGUGGAGCAGAAGAGCUAUCUUCAGAAGGAUCAUAAUCAUUGCACUGCAAACCAGCAGAUGGCUGGCUCACGUGGAGAGCAGCAGCAGAAUUGUUCAGAGGUCUCGGAACAAGCAAGUGGCGUUAAGCAGUUCCCUACAAACAUCUCAAAUUCUCUGAGCUAUUCCCAUAAACACUACUUGGAUGAUGGUGGUCAGGAACAUGGACAAGCUUUAAUUAAUCUUGCUACAUUCCAGCAGCCCAGAUGCUACCCGGCUGUGCAAAACCCUACACAGCCAUCUUAUCCUAGAUUAAUUGAUAACGGGCACCCCGAUGGUAGUAAAGAUUUGCAAAGUCAGAACAAAUCUGCUAUAAAAUAUGUUUUGCCACCAAGCAGCACUACCCCAAGCAAUUUGAAAACGCUGAUAAAUACAAGCAGGCCAAAUGAAAGUGAGGGGGGAGGUGGUGCCUCUCAGGCCAGUGGUAGGAUGCAGAAGCUGCUAAGCAAUGCUGGUUCAGGCUCUGCCUUUGAAGCUGCCUCUUGCAAGCAAGCGAGUAGUGUUACAAAAGGAAAAUGUGUGAAGUAUGGAGAAGACCGAUUCCAGGUUGAAGUAGGGUAUAAUGCUGAACUCCUUGCUGUGUUUAAGACGAUACCAAGCAAAAACUAUGAUCCUGCUCUGAAAAAAUGGAAUUUCAGCCUGGAAGACUACAGCUGUUUCAUGGAAGCAGCAAAUCGACUUUCCUCAGUAAUUCUGGCACCACUGGAAGGGGAAAAUGCAGUUGGCUUGGCAUCAGCCUCUCUUUUUCUUGGCAGAAGGGCUGAUGUAAAAUCCCUCUUGAAGAUGUGUAAGAACUGGAAGAAACCCUCAGCCCUCGUCAAAGGGAAGUGUGUGCUGAUCUCUCGCUUGCGGUUUGAGGUUGAUAUUGGGUAUUCUGCUGAAGUGAUUGGAGUGUUCAAACAGAUGACUUCCAGAAUUUAUGAUGUGAACACCAGAAAAUGGAAUUUCCUGCUGGAGGACUAUCCCAAACUGAUGGAAACAUUACAAAGCUUUGUGUCAGUAGAAGUGGAGCCACUGCCUGAGGCAGUAAUACAAACCUUUGCUGCUCAAAUAGAGAGAUCUACAUCACAGACAGACACUCCUGAUGCUGACCUUUCACUAGUGGACUCCAAAAUCGUGUCAAGUCUCAUGCCUUUUCAGCGGGAAGGUGUGAAUUUUGCAAUUUCAAGAAAUGGACGUUUACUUCUUGCGGAUGACAUGGGUUUGGGCAAGACCAUCCAGGCCAUCUGCAUUGCUGCCUAUUACCAGAAGGAAUGGCCCUUGCUGGUGGUGACUCCUUCUUCUGUGAGGUUCACAUGGGCAGAGGCAUUUCACAGAUGGCUUCCAUCCUUGAGUCCAGGUAGCACCAAUGUCAUAGUUACUGGCAAGGACAACCUAACAGCAAGCUUGAUCAACAUUGUCAGCUUUGAUCUCCUCAGCAAGAUGGACAAGCAACUUACGAGCACUUUCCAAGUAGUUAUUAUUGAUGAAUCUCAUUUCCUAAAGAACAUAAAAACUGCACGAUGCCGAGUUGCCAUGCCACUGCUGAAGGUUGCCAAGAGAGUGAUCUUGCUUUCAGGAACCCCUGCCAUGUCACGGCCUGCGGAGCUCUACACGCAGAUCGUGGCUGUCCAGCCAACCUUCUUCCCACAGUUCCACUCCUUUGGGCUACGCUACUGUGAUGCCAAAAAGCUGCCGUGGGGUUGGGACUACUCUGGAUCAUCCAACUUAACUGAACUGAAACUUUUGCUGGAAGAGUCCGUCAUGAUCCGGCGCCUGAAGUCAGAUGUGCUUUCCCAGCUUCCAGCAAAGCAGCGCAAAAUGGUCGUGGUGGCUCCUGAAGGCAUUAGUGCAAAGAACAAAGCUGUCUUGGUAGCUGAAGCAAAGAAGAUGGCUCAAGGAUAUAAAAAUAAACAACAGGAGAAGGAAGCUCUUCUUGUCUUCUACAGCAAAACAGCAGAAGCUAAAAUCCACUCAGUCGUAGAAUACAUUCUGGAGUUACUGGAAAGUGGGAACCAUAAAUUCCUGGUGUUCGCUCACCACAAGAUUGUGCUGGAUGCAAUAGUUGCAGAGCUGGAGAAGAAACAUGUUGAAUACAUUCGCAUUGAUGGGUCCACACUGUCAGCUGAGCGGCAGUCCCUGUGCCAGAAGUUCCAGGCCUCAGAGAAGCAGAUUGUGGCUGUCCUGUCUCUCACGGCUGCAAACAUGGGCCUGACGUUGUCUGCUGCGGACCUGGUGGUGUUUGCAGAGCUCUUCUGGAAUCCAGGGGUUUUGAUCCAAGCAGAAGAUCGGGCACAUCGAAUCGGACAGACCAGCUCUGUUAAUGUUCACUACCUGGUGGCUAAAGGCACAGCAGAUGACUACUUAUGGCCAAUGAUUCAGGAGAAAAUCAAAGUGCUGGGGGAAGCUGGUCUUUCAGAAACUAAUUUCUCUGAAACAGCCGAAUCCACUAAUUACUGCCCUAAGCCAGAUCCAAAGCAGAAGACCAUCUACAGUCUUUUCCAGAGGGCCUUCUCUGAGAGCAAAGAUGACAUUGAUGAAGCUUUGCUUUUGGAGGCAGCUGAUGCUUGCUGCAAAUCUGACUCUAGCAGUGCUUUGCAAGAUGCAGCAGGAGAGACAAGUUCAGUGAGUCCCCCCAAAAAGCGACGUAUCGAGGAGUUUUUUAAAGUGUCAUGAUAACAGCAAAAGUCACAAUGGUGGCAAUUAUUUUUUUAUCAUCAUUAAAAAAGAGAAAACAAAACCAAUCACCUAUCAUUUCUUGAGUUUCCAAAAUAAAAGUGUGUAGGUUUUCUGUA